AUUGCAUUCCCGGCGUCGACGUUGUUGUCGCCGUCAUUGUCAUCGACUAUGCUCACCAGCUCACCUUGAUUCUUGUGCCUGCUCAUGGUCCUUUUACUUGUCAAUGGUUCCUUUUAUUCAUGGUCUAACAUAAACCGAACCUGAUUGGCGACCAUGUUGCUCUCUCGAUAUGAUCAGCCAUAAUCCUCUUCAGGAUCCAAACGGGGUCAAUGUCGACCACACGGCUCACGUCGAUCCCACAGCUCAGUCACUCAACCAAGCGCUCGAUCCACAUUUAUCGCAACAACAUUACCAUUAUCCGCCACCGGCCCAUAUUAUCACGCAAACGAACUCUACACACCCGACAGAUCACUUGGCGUUUUAUUCGCCACAUCAGCCACCUCCGCCACAACCUCAGCAACAGCAGUCACAGCAAGACCUCCAGCCUACGCCGCCGCUUGAACGUCAACAAGAACCUGUCCACGUCGCUCCUCCGAAGCGGAAAUAUACCGACGCCACGUAUGGCCAAUCGAGUGGCGUAGGUGGAAGCAAGAAACGAAGACAUGCACUGGGGUCUGGCGAUGCUGGAGCAGAUGGAGGAGACGACGACGACGAAGUGGAUGGUGUUGAGGGUGAAGGAGGUGGGAAUACGGCUGCGCGGCAUUGGUCAGAUGACGAAAAGACAAAGUUGUUUGUGUGGUUGUUGGGCCAGGAAAUGGACGAGCAUUUCGACGCGUUGAAGACGAAGAAGAAUACGUGUUUUAGGGAGUGCGCAAUGGAUGCCUUCGGUGGCCGCAAAACUUUCCUCGCCGUCAAAGGCUGCUACGAACGCAACUUCGUCGUCUUCAAGCAGAUCUACGCCUUCGAGACCUUCACCGCUAACAUGCACCACCAAAAUCCCACCCAAAGCGAAGGCGGUACCUCGGUAGAUCAGGAAGCGAGCAACCAGCGAUUGAGAUCUGAGAAUGAGACGGAGAGACUGAGGGAGUAUGAGAGGAAAAUUUAUGCGGCGAGGAAGGCGGGUUUUCAUGUGGGGAAUUUGAGCUCGAGAAUAUUGGAUCAUUGGCAUAGGAUGGGUUGGUAUGCACUUUUCUAUCACAGAUUCCAUGGCGACCCCAACAUCCACCGUCCAGCCCAAGGCAGCGGCGGAAAUCGUCGAACCAUGGGACCCCCAGCGCCACCCAUGCACUCCCUUACACCCACUUCCGAAGAAUCAGUAGACCCCCUCUCCGGUCCCUCUCAUCACCACCCACAUCAUCCACAAAACCACGCUCACCAUCAGUCCCUCCCUCGCGACCGCGACUACGGCACCCUACAAGAUCACUUACCUCCCUUCGACGCAGGCGACUCUAUCCCCUCACCGCCAACAACGCCGAGCGGAAUGGCGCCGCUUAAUUCCGGUCAGAUGUAUGAGACGAGCUCCGGAUCCACGGCGAGUUCGGGAGGUAUGACCGCGACGGUUCAACCACCUCAUAAUCCGUAUCGACUAUCAGCCAUAUCGGUACAGGGAGUCCCGGCGCCCCAAAGCCAACCUCAGGGUGUGAAUGGGAGUAGAUCGCCGGUAGUGACGAAUGGGAAUGGGGGCGUGGGUGCUGGUGGGAUGGGAGGAACUACUGGGAUCGGAAUGGGGUUCGAGCCGGCGAUGUUUCCCUUGCGGCCUGCGGCGCUCCAGGCUCAGCAGAACGAGUUGCAGCAGCAGCAACAGCAGCAGCAGUCACAGCCGGGGGUGGGACAGGGGCAGGGACAGCUUCAGCAGGCGCAGUUUCAGCAGUCGUCGGCGUCGAUGCAGCAGGCGUCACAUUUGAACACGGGACAGACUUCGCAGCCGCAGAAUCAGCAGCAGCCUAUAGCUGCUUUUACUUCCGUUGCUCAAACGCUGCUUACGACGUGUAUGCGGCUCUUGCAGGCGCAGCAAGAGGACUCGAAGGUCCGGCUCGAGUAUUUGAGGAGAAGGGAGGAGAGGGAGGAGACUGAGAGUAGGAUUAGGAUGGAGAUGGAGAGGCGGAGAGAGGAGAGAGAGGAGAGAGAGCAUGAGGCGAAGAUGAGGGGCGAGAGGGUUAGGCAGAAGAGCGAAAUUGCGACGGAGAUUCUGAGUAAUGGAGCGGUGGAGGGGAGUGUGAGGAGCGCGGCCGGGGAGUAUUUGAAGAAGCUUUUCGCGGAGUGAGACAUGGGAUGUCCGGGUUGCGACUCUGACUUUGUAUACCUAGGUAGUACCU